AUGGGGAAGGGCAAAGCUAAGGUUGUCCCUCAGGAAAGGAGGGACUUCAGGUUGGACCGCAUUAUCAACAGUAAUAGGCCGAGGAGAGAUUACUUGGAACAGUCUGGUUACACUGGGGCACCAGCGGUCCAUGCUGUGUUCCGAGAACCACUACACAAGAUCCUAGAGAAGGUAAAGGACGAACCGUUCUUUCAAUGGCCUAACAGGAUGGCAGGUGACCCCUCGAAACGUAAUCAGAAUCUAUAUUGCGCGUACCACCAAGAGCCAGGUCACACCACCGAUGAUUGCAAGAAUCUGAAAAACCAUUUGGAUCGGCUUGUCCGAGAAAGGAAGUUGAGGCAUCUGUUACAUCGCCCUGAAGGAUGGCAGGAACAGUCAAAUAUCGAAACCAGACAAAGUACAUUGAGGCCACCCAUUGGCAUAAUAAAUGUCAUUCUUGCCGCACCUAGUAGGACAGGUUCCAGCCCUUUCAGGGUAAUGUCAGUGGGCAGGUUCCCGACUGAGCCGGACGAUAGGGAAUCCAAGAGAGCCAGAGUAAUUGCCACGCCCUUAAUCGGGUUCUCGGAUAAGGACAAACAAGGAACCUUCAACCCCACAAUGAUGCCCUAG